AUGUUUGAACACUAUCCGGACCUCCGUCAGUACUUCAAAGGGGCAGAAAAUUUUACACCGGAUGAUGUACAGAUAAGUGAUCGAUUCGCUAAGCAAGGGCAGCGACUUUUACUUGGAACUCGAAUUAUUGUGGACACGUACGAUGAUUUGGAUACAUUCAAAGCGUAUGCUCGCGAAACGGUUAACCGCCAUAUCAAAUUCAAGAUGGAUCGCAAUUUAUGGCUUGUAAAUUUUGCGUUUUUCACGGUGAUGAUUGAGCACUUAAAAGAGCACACAACGAUUGAUGUGGAAACAGAAAAAGCGUGGUUGCAGAUUGGAAAAGAAUUCGCGGAUGAAGCUGUCAAGCACUCAUUUGAUUUGAAUUUGCCUAACUGA